CGAUCAAACCAUCUCCAUUACCACCACCAACCAAUACAACAAAUAAGUCCAGAAUUGGCUGGAAAAUAUACUUCAAUACAAACCGCUUCCUGCUUAACCCACUAACCAAACUUCUCUUCCUUCUACCACCUCCUUUUUGUUUUCUUAUUCCUAUAAAAUAUUCUUACAAUCAUGUCGAAAAAAGACAUGAGCAUUCACGAGAAGCGGCUGUCAUCCUUCACACGCAAGCGGCGCGCAUCAUCCGCUGUUGGGAAUAAAAAUGCUGGCAACGGGAAGUGGCCGCAUGAGCAACCUUCUCCUCAAAAGCUGGCUGACGCCGGCUUCUACUUCAAUCCUUCUGAUGCACAUCUCGAUAACGUCACCUGCUACCUCUGCGAUAAGGACCUUGACGGCUGGGAAGAGGAUGACGAUCCGAUAUCAGAGCACUUUAAGCAUUGCUCUGAAUGCGGCUGGGCUCAGGUUGCGUAUGCUUUGGCAUCUAGGGAUGAUCACAAGUCGCUAUCGGAUCCUCGCGGAACAAUCAUGACCGAAGCGCGGAUUAUGACCUUUGGGAAGAAGUGGUGGCCCCAUGAGGAGAAGCGGGGGUGGUUGCCGAAGAUUGGGACUAUGGCGGAAGCGGGGUGGCAUUACGCUCCGGCUAAGGAUUCGAAUGAUAAUGCCAGUUGUGCCUAUUGUGAACUGACCCUGGAUGGAUGGGAGAUGAAUGAUGAUCCCUUAGAGGAACACCGUCGACGUUCCCAGGAUUGCCUGUUCUUUACAUGGAAACCUGCGCCAAAACGUGCCACUAAACGCGCGUCGAGGGCAUCGAUUCAGUCACUUGCCAGUUCAAUCGGCGAUGGGGAAGACGAGCCCGUUAGGAAAACAGCACGCAGCAGGAAACCAAAGAAGGCGCCCUCUGUCGUCCGGGAACUCUCUGUUGACCCAGAACCAAUUGUUAUCGACGAGUCGGUAAAGGCCCCUAGAGGGAGGAAGAGAGCAAGUAGUAUCGUUCAGAAUCCAGAGCCCGUCAUCUUAUGGGAUGGUUCAAAAGAUACAGAUGAAGAUGACGUUCAACCUCCACCGGCUAAGCGUCGGACAACUAGGGCCAGUCUUGCCAAGCAGUCGAGCGCCAAACCUAAUGCAGAUGCCAAGAUGGCUGACAGCGAUAACGAGUCUGUGGCAGUAGGCCCAGCUAGAGGGCGCCCUAAGAAGGGUGCAAGGAGCGCUUCGAAGACUAGAAGGUCGGUGGUUAAGAAGAAUUCGAAAAUCUUUGUCCCUGACGAUGAUGAAAUCGACCGUGCCUUGGCUCUCGACUUUGAGAGGCCGCUCACGGACGAAGAGGAUGUUGCAACCUUUAAGAAGCCAUUCGUUCGCACUACCAAACGCUUGACGAGGAGUAGAACUAGCAUUGCUGUUGAGGAAAGCAUGCGGAAUGCACCCGAAGGUGUCCUAAUACCAACAGCAAGAAGGGGCGAUAGGGUAUCGCGUACUCCACUUGGUACGGCUACUCCUGGUUCUGUUCGCCGGUCGCCUACCAAGCCCCUGUUCAAGGAUAACAAUCAGGAUUUCUCGAUGCCGAUUGUGAUCCCGAAGCAUUUGUCCCAAGCCGAUGCCGAGGAAGAAUCUCGUGGCCCACGAGAAAUGGGACGAUACAAGGGCAAGGUUGAAAGCGCUCAUGUAGAGGUUGCCCCUACUGAGGAUCCAGAGCCUAAAAGGCCCGCAGCUAAGAAGAUGGCAAGAGGGAAGAAAGUUGCUCCUCCUCAAGAAGUUGAGGUUCCGAAGCCGAGGAGAGGUAGAGUAGCAGUCGCAAAGGCGCAGAAGCCACCUAGCAGGAGCAUUUCGAUUGAUAGCCAACCGCCACUUGCCACCCAGAUUGAAUCAGAGAAGCCCGAGGUAGAGGAACUUCCUCCGCCGCCCGCUAGAAUCGAGGAGCUUUCGGAGGCGCCACUUAGAACUAAACGUGUUCGGAAAAUCAAAGGCCGAGCUAGCGUACUGUCGACAACAUCUAUGAACUCAAUUGCCUCCGAUAAUACUGGUACGCAGAUGACUUCCUCCAUGAGGUCAAUUAUCUCAGAUGCUACUGCUGCACACAACAUGACUUCUUCCAUGAGAUCGACUGCCUCCGGCGUUACCAGUACGCACAUGACUUCGUCUAUGAGGUCAAUGGCUUCAGAGAGCGAACAGAUGGCAACAUCUUUAGACGAAUCUAUAAUCAUUCAUGAUUCAGCAAUUGCCCCCGAAGCAGAUGCCGAGACAGCACUUUCGGAUCUAGGGAGUGUUAUCAAGUAUAAGAUCAACCCGAGAGAUCGACAGCCCGAAGAGGAGAUUGCGCUACCUCCCAAAACAAAGCGCGGUAAGAAGGCCACUGUGCCCCCGAAGAAACGUCCCACCGGAAGCAGUCUCCUUUCUGUAGCUACGGACAAAACUGCCGCCAGUGUUGGUAAUUCUGGAGACGAAAGCGAUGCUUCUCGAGCGUCUGCCAGCGGUACAGGGAAGAAGUCCAAGAAGGGUAGUAAGAGACUUGGGAAGAAGACUGCUCAAAGUAGAAACAUUGAAGAUAUCCUUAAGAAGGGUAGCGAGAGCUUCUUUGCAUCGUCGCAAUCCGAGGAACUAACCUCUUCCAUCCAUGAGGGCUCCAAAAAGGCACGUCCUAUUAAGAGACUUAUGAAAGCAAUCGAGAUCGAGCCUCGCAACUCGGCAAAGCCCGAAGACCCCAGCCAAACAGAGGAAGACGAACCGAAAUCCGUACCCAAAGGAAGCAGACCUGUAACCACCGGUAGAUCCGUAAGUUUCUCCGACCGCGCUCCUAACCCAGACCUCUACCCCGGCUCGGAUACGGAGCUCGACGAAGUCGUCCCCCCUCCAGUACCACCCUCCACAGCCCCCGCCUCCCCGCCCCGCCCCGCCCGCCGCCCGCCUGCAAUCCCUCGCUCUCCGGCUCGUGUGCCCCAAUCACCCGCCCGUAUCCCACUCUCCCCUGUAAGAACACAAAUCACCGUCCCACUAGCUUCGACUCCAAAGACUAAACCAUCGGGCAAGCUCGCCACGGUGCGCCCCUGGACCGUGGUAGACCUAGACACCGUCUUUCACACGUCAGAAACGGAAAUAGAUGAUAAUGCAGGUCUCGCCGAGAAGGAGAAGGAGAUGACGGUGGCGGAUUGGGUGAAGUGGAAUGCGGCCCAGGGCGAAGAGAGGUUGUGCCGUGAGGCGGAGAGGUUGAUUGAGAUUUUCGAGAGGGAGGGGAGGAGGGCUAUUGAUGCUGUGGAGGGGAUUGAAACUGUCUGAUAGCGCAAAGGGGGAUUAUCGUUCUUACUUUUAUUUGUAUUAAACAUUGAGGAUAUCGCCAUGGGGCAUUGGAGUAUAUUAUCUUUACGAAGAGCGAUGCUUUUUUUUUGUUUUGCAUGCUGUACUAUAUUAGUAAUCCAUGGUUUGGUUUGGUUUA